AGUCAUCGACGAGUCAUCGAGGAGCAAAGAUCUUAAUAACAUCGUGUCCUGAUUAAAUAUUUUUGCAGUUUUGUGUUCUAUAUUUAUACAGCUAUAUAUAUCUAAAUACAAUAAAUUCCUUUAGAUAAACAUAACAUCGAAUGGUAUUCGUCAAACUCUUGAUUUUUUUAAAACAUUUCCUUAAAUUUUCCGCAAUUAAAGGAAAAGAAUCUUUCUUUUAUAAACAGUGAAAAAAAAGGAGAGGCAAUUUUUUCAUAAAAAGAAAAUUUUCUUCAUUUGAUACGAAAUAACUUUCAAAGUUAAAGUUGUCGAUAUGAUGAUAUGUGAAACUUUAUAUUUACUAAUUCGUUAAUGAAUAGUGAUGGCGAAAAGUGUAAAUGAAACGAAAGUAGUGCAAACCUAAGAAAAUUUUAAAAAUUUGUCGUACAAAGUGGAAUAGCAGAAAUUUUUUCGUUUCUUUUCGUUGUUUUUUUUGAAGAUGGAGAGCGAAAUGACGAGAGAAUGAAAUACGUAAUGAAGAAAUAGUUACUUUCAUUAAAAUUCGCCGAUGCUUGAGACAAAAGUUAAAGUUAAAGUUUAAAUCUGUGAAGAGAAAAUAAAACCAUGAAGAUGAAAAUUAAAUUAAUAUUUACUUGGUGUUAUUUGUUAUUUAUUUUAAUAAAUCAUAAAUCUAGUAUAUUUUUCGCUAGUGCAAAAAAUUUAGAGGCACAAAACAUCGGUAAAUGUAGUGAGCAUAUCGGUCGUUUUUUCAAAUCCAUCCUCAAUGUGACUAUUCACCCUUCUACAAAAGUCGGUGAAAUUUGUGGCGGUAAUUGUUGUGAUAAUAAAACUGAAAAAGAAAUUCUGGAAAAAUCUAUCAAAAAAUUUGAGGAGAACGUGAAAUAUCAGCUUAAAAGCCUUAAAGGUUUUUGGGAAUCAACUUUCACCAUUUAUAAAGAUCAUGUCCUGGAAUUGUCAUACCAAUCGGAGAAUAAAACGCUUAACUUAUUUUCAACAGUCUACCGUCGAAUGUCACCUCUUUCUCGAUCACCAAUUCUAGAAUUGUACAAAAGUAUACGAAGUCAUAUUUCGCUUCUAAAACCAUUAUACGAAGAUGAGCUGGAUGCAACGAUUGAUAAUUUUUUCCGCAAUCUCUUUCCACUUGCGUAUCAUCAUGCAGUUCAUUCUCGUGAUGCUGAUGAUGAUGCGAUGGCUAGAGAUUUUCACAUUGACUAUAAGAACUGUCUCGAAAAGUCCUAUGAUGCGCUCCAACCGUUUGGUGAAAUUCCUUUCUUCAUAAGUCGAAUGUUGUUACAAAGCGUAGGCGGAGCUAAUGUUUUUCUAAGAUCACUUGAUCAUGGUGCAAGUAUUUUGACUGCAACAGAAAACUUACCGUUUAAUUCGCCAAACAGAAAUUGUCAGCAGGCACUUCUCAAAAUGAAUUAUUGUGCUUCUUGCAAUGGGCAUAAUUAUCAUCAUAUUAAACCAUGUUAUGGUUUGUGUUCGAACGUCAUAAGAAAUCAAAAUAAAUCGUUUGCUCAUGUUACUUCUGAUAUAUUCCACAGAGGCUGCGUAACUCAAUUUUUGGGCGAUUUGGAUACCGAUUGGAAUUCAUUUUCGGAAGACCUCGAACGAUUAAUGACGUUGAUACGUAACAAGGACGGUAUCGAAUCUGUCAUUAAAAAUUUGGAUGGAAAAUUGUCUGAAGCGAUUAUGCAUGCAAUGACGAACGGACCGGAAUUGGAGAAAAAGGUCCUGAAAUCUUGUGGGAUACCAUCAAUUCGCCGCAAUGACAAGAUCCCAUCAUACGACAGUUCGAAAGAAUCAAACGAAAAAAAUAUAAAUGACGGGCCAUCACUGGAGAAGAAACAAGUUCCACCAGUUCAUAAUGGAAAUAAGUGGGCACCACCUCCCGAUACCGAAAUGUUAUUGUUUCUUACACAUCUCGACCAAUCGAAAUCACUGACAUUGCGACUUGCAAAUAGCUAUUGCGAUGAUGAUCGCUAUCAAAUGCAAGAUAGAGAUUGUUGGACUGGCUCUAAUCUUGGUGAUUACACUCAUAAAGUUAUGGACAUUCAUUCACAAAAAUACAAUCCCGAAGUGCCAACGUUGCAAAGUAUCAACAACGAUCAACUUCAUCAACUUAAUGAUCAAUUAAUUACAAUGAAAAACAUGGUGAAUAAACAGAUGACUCAUUUGCUAAGAUCGGAUAGUGAUAAAAUGUUUGCGGAUAUGGCCGAGGGGUCGACAAAUUAUCAUGACUUAGAUCAUGAUUAUGAUGAUGAAAGAUAUGAGGAUGAAGAAAUGUCAGGAUCUGGUGAAUCAAAUUAUGAUCCACUUCCACCAAAUUUUCAGCCAGGUGUUCUUGACGACAAUAAUCAUAACAGGAUGAGUCCUGGUAGUCCAGCAAGUUCAGGAAGCUCAAACAAAGUCUCUUUAGUGACAGUGGCUCUAGUUUUAUUCUCAAUAAUUGUGAUUAAUUUAAAUAGGUAUAAAAGAAGAAAUGGAUAAUAAUUUCUCCAAAAAACUUAUAAAAAUCUGUAAAAAUAUUAUGGAUCUAAAAUUUCAUUUAAAAAAAGAAGGAAGAAAAGAAAAGAAAAGAGAAAUCUACCAAUUGAAGUAUGUAUACUACUUACAAUGAAAAAUGAAAGAAAAAACGAGGAAGAACUGUAAACUUUAUUACAACUCAUAUCAUGUUUACAAAUGUUCAGAAGGAACCACUUACUUUUACUUCUUGAAAAAUAUUUUAAUUGCAAUCGUAUCUUAAUGCUACUUAAUUCUAUCAUUCAUUAGAAUAUUCAAAAUACAAAAAAAUAGUUAUACUUUUUUUUCAUUUAGUCCUUGAUUUUUUCUUAAAGAUAAUGUAAAUAACUCUUUCAAUAUUUACAUAUUAUAUUAUAUAUGAUGUGAAAAAGUAGAUUGACAUUUCAAUGAAUAGAUGGAUCAGAAAAGAAGCAAAGCAUUGAUGAAUUAGAAAAUAUUAAGUUCAAUCAUUUGUGUUUUCUUAAAUUUAGUGUUUCUUAGAAACAUAAAUUUUAUAAAUUAACAUUUUAAUUAUUUACUGCUUCUGACAUGAAAUAUAAGUUAAAAUGUGAUAAAUUUAACUACUUUCUCAAGUUAACUCUCACAGUUUUAAUAAAUCACAUGAUGAUUCUUAUAUCAUUUUUGAAGCAACUUCAUAGCAAAGGACAUUCAAUGCUCUAAUUUAAAAUAUAAAAGAUUUUGCCUUAUGAUAUAAUCAUUGCUGUUGAAUUUAAGUUGACGGAGUUUAGAAUGAAAUUGAAUUUGUUGUCAAUUAUAGAGGAUUUAAAAAAGAAUUGAAAUGCAUAAAUUUUAUAAAAAUAAUAGACUUCUCCAGAAAUAAUAAUAAGUUCUUUAUUUCUAAAAGCAAUUUUGAGUUUGAUAUAAUUAAAAUGAUGUCCGGAAUCAAAGAACAUGCUGGCAUGAGAAGAAAUAUAAUUAUUGCUUGAAACUAGCACAUUUUUUAAAAAUUUUGGCAAGCAUAAUAUUAAAAAAUAAAUACUAAAUGAAAUGAUUAUGAAAUCGAUAAGUUUAAAGAGUAAAAUAAACUUUUUCCAAAGUGUUUAAAAAUUCUGUAGUAUUCAGCAUUUAGAACUGUUUUGGGAUUUUUUAUGAGAAUAUAAGAAAAUGUUCUCUACUUUUGGAUUAAGACGAACUUUUCAAAUUAAAUUUAAAAUCUUGAUAUUAAGCUAAAAGCAGAAAAUAUUUUCUUAUUUUCACACGAAAACAUCCAAAACAGUUUUAAUUACUGAAUACUACGGUAUCAAAACACUUCGGAAAUAGGUUUCAAUAUUGAAUGAACGAAUCUAAACAAACGGAUUAAACCCCUACGUUUCAACACCAAAAUGAAGAAAAUUAAGAAGCUGUAAUAAUAAUCGGAAAAGUAAAAAAGCUUUAGACGUGACAAUCCGCGAAGCUAAAAGUUAUUACCAUCGACAAAAAUUUUGAAAUAUUGUAAAUACUUUUUAUUCGAUUACAAUACAAAUAGAGCCUCUGAAAAAUACAUUCUUAAUGUUCAUAUAAACAAAACCAAGAACGUGAUGCAUUUCACAGUUGAAAUCACAGAUGGGUAGAUCCUUUAAACUUGUUUAACGAAGGACCUGCGCUAUUUUUAAAGUAAAUAUUGUUAUUGGUUGGAAUUAGCAUAAAAGAAAUUAUUGAAAAUGCUCAAAUAACCAAGAAUAAGCUGUUACUUUAAAUCAUCAUCAUGAUCCGCGUCGUGAAAGUUUUCGUAUGUGAAGAAGUUUUUUAUUUUCAAUCACUUUUGCAUAGUAAGAUUACGUGAAAGAUUGAGAGAGUCCGUUUUUUGAUCGUUUGAGUUCUAUUUUCUGGGGUUAGUUGAAAACAAAAAGAUGUACAUAAACAAGUAUAAUAACGUUGUAAACAAUUAUAAAUAGGCAACUAUCAUGUCAAUGCCCUUUGAGAAACUCAUUUAUGCAACAGAUAAUUAAAAAACUAAAAUUCACUCAUAAUAUCAUUAGGUUUUCGAAAAGUUAUGAAAAUUGAUAGAUGCAAAAGUUGUUUCGUUCAUUUUUAUCAUGUUUAUUUGUCAACUUCAAAUGCUGUGCUUUUCUUUCGUUCCGCAAUAGAUAUCAAACAUUAAUUGAUCACCAGAUAACAUUGCUACUAUUUUGUGUUUAUUUUUGUCUAAAAAAAUCAAGUCAAUAAAAUUACAUUUUAAUUUGAUAGUAUUGCAAACAAACUUUAGUCAAAAACUGUAUUUCUUUUUUUAUAAUAUUAUUUGUUUUUGAUAGAUUAUUAAGAAAGAACAAAUGUUUGUUAUUUGAAUUUUCAAAAGGAAACAGGAAACUUCAGUUUAGAUAAUUUUCUUAACUUUCUACUCGGUCUUUAAAACUUCAGCUCAUAUUUUAUAUUUCUGCAGUGAUAAUCCGGGUAUAUGUAAUAUUUAUCGAGUUUCUUUGGUUAAACCAGUCAAUAUAUGUAAAGUUCAUAAGCAAAUAAUUCAAUUAAUUUGGUCGUCGGUUUUUCGUUUUCUUUUGGAAAGGAUUCAAAAAUAUUUGUGAAUUAUCUGUGAUUGUAAUUUUCUUUAAUAGUUAUUGCACCAUGAAAAAUUGAAUGUGUUUAAUUGAUAUCACUAAAAAAUGUAGAACUUGCGUUAAUAAAAAUAUAAAAAAAUUAUUACACAUAUUAUGAAACAUAAAAUAAAAUGUCAAAAUUUACUUUUUUUAACUGAGGAAAGUUUUAAAUUUUCUUUUAUUCGUAGGUGUGAUUUUAAUUUGACAAAUUUUUCG